AUGGGCGCAAUCCUGUCCCGAGGGACCGAUAUGGCUGACACCGCACCUAGCAUGGGCAUGCCCGGCUUUCUCGUCGACUUCUUGAGUACGUUCAACCCCUACGCACGCGCCGUCGAUGAAAAUCACGCUAUGUGGUGAUGGCCGCAGCUCUGCAACAGCUGGCGAUAAGAGCAUGGAGCUAGCUUCAGAAGCAUUGGCAGAAGGCUGACAGAGUCUUACAGUGGGUGGUGUCUCCGCCGCCGUCUCGAAGACUGCCGCCGCGCCAAUUGAGCGUGUCAAGCUCCUCAUCCAGAACCAGGUUCGUACGCAACAAUGGCCGAAUCCAUAUGCCGAUUCCGGUACACCGCGUGGAGCCCUCGUGGGCCAAAGAUUUCGUGAAGCUGACUUGUAUGCCUUCUCCAGGACGAAAUGAUGCGCGCUGGCCGUCUCGCCCGCAAGUACGACGGUAUCAUUGAAUGCUUCAGCCGUACCGCCAAGGAAGAGGGUGUCAUCUCUCUCUGGCGUGGUAACACUGCCAACGUCCUCCGUUACUUCCCAACCCAGGCCCUGAACUUCGCCUUCCGUGACACCUUCAAGUCGAUGUUCGGCUACAAGAAGGAACGUGAUGGAUACUGGUGGUGGAUGGCCGGUAACCUUGCCUCCGGUGGUGUAAGUUUUACAUGGAAAAGAGUCGCCAGAUAUCUUCGAGCAUCUGCUGACCAUUUCUCCAGCUGGCUGGUGCCACCUCCCUCCUCUUCGUCUACUCCCUCGACUACGCCCGUACCCGUCUCGCCAACGACGCCAAGAACGCGAAGGGUGGCGGUGACCGUCAGUUCAACGGUCUCGUUGAUGUUUACAAGAAGACCCUCGCCUCUGACGGUAUCCUCGGUCUCUACCGUGGUUUCGGUCCUUCUGUCGCCGGUAUCGUCGUCUACCGUGGUCUCUACUUCGGUAUGUACGACUCGCUCAAGCCUGUCGUUCUCGUCGGAUCUCUUGAGGGCAACUUCUUGGCCUCCUUCUUGCUCGGAUGGGGUGUCACCACCGGUGCCGGUAUCGCUUCCUACCCUCUCGACACUAUCCGCCGUCGUAUGAUGAUGACUUCUGGUGAGGUAUGUACAAGAUACUGGAUUCCUGGAUAGGUUUGAAGCUCUGCUAAAACAUUUAUAGGCCGUCAAGUACAAGUCCUCGUUCGAUGCCGCCAGCCAGAUCGUCGCCAAGGAGGGUGUCCGCUCGCUCUUCAAGGGUGCCGGCGCCAACAUCCUUCGUGGUGUCGCUGGUGCUGGUGUGCUCUCCAUCUACGACCAGGUCCAGCUCCUCAUGUUCGGCAAGAAGUUCAAGUAA